GACAUCUGCACCAUUGACCUAACCGCUGCCCCGGCUGCAGAAUGCCCUCCCCAGCCCAUGCUCUGUGUGUGUUCUGUCUCCUCUCACUCUGUCUUUCUGGGAGAGCAGUGUGGACUCCGUCCGACCUCCUGAGUCCUCUCAACUCCCCACUUCCUCUUGGGCUCAGUUUGGAUCCCCUAGAGGAGAGUUAGUUUCCCUCAUGGGUGGGAGCCUGUCAGCCACUGAGAGGGCAAGCGUGUGCACAGGUGUGUGUGGUGUGUGUGCGUGUGUCUGUGCGUGCAGCAGAGAAAGUGGGGCCAGGGAGGUGCACAGGCUGCUCUCAACAGUUGGGUGAGUGUCACGCCCUCGUGUGCUCUGCCUGUUCUCAGCGCUGGGAACACACCGGUGACAAGAGACCGAGCUGCUGUCCGGGUGGACAGUGAACACAUCCCCAGAUAGGGACCGAAUUCUGGUGGUUGGACAGGCCUGUGGGGCUUGCUCUGGGAAGGCCUCCGGGGGAGGCAGGAGUUGAGCAAAGUGUGGAGAUAUGAGGGUGUGGGACAGCCCUGCUGAGGCCCCUGCGCUGGUGCCUGCAAGUUUGAGAACAGACACAUCAGGCAGUCAGGCCAUGCGAGUUCCUGGGUGACAGAGAGGGUGCCUGUGUUGGCAGAAUUGGCAGCAGGUCUGGCCAUGUGGGUAGUUGUGUGUGGCUAGGUGGGGCCUUUGUUUGUAGCCAGCCUCUGUGUGUGUGUGUGCGCCUGCGCUGUUCUUUGGGUGACUUAGAGGGCUGAGGGGCUGGUUCAGUGUCCUGCGCGUGUAUGUGUGCGUGCUUGCAUGCGAGUGCACAUGUGUGUCAGGCUGGCAGCUGCACCUCCAAGGCUCCUGUUGGUGGCACGUGCCCCAUGCUGUCUCUUGCUCUCAUUCAUUCAUUCAUUCAUUUUCACCUUCUGCUCUUUCACUUUCUUACUUUGCCUCUGCUCUCCUGACCUGCUGUGUGCAUGUCACCACCUCUGUGAUCUCUGUUUUCAAGGCCAUUGUGUAUCUCCCUUCCUCCCCUGCUGAGAUCCCCUCAGGUCCCCACUGUCCUCUGGUGUCUGCAGCCUUUCAUGCAGGUCCUGGGACAGCCCAAGAGGGCAUGGUGGACGGUUCAGAGAAGGGACCCAUAGGGCAGCUGGAGGUGUGGACAGGCUGGAGGGUCUCAGCCCUGCAGCUCCCGCUGGCCAAUGAUGGGGGCAGCCGCUCACCGUCCUCAGAGAGCUCACCGCAGCACCCCACGCCCCCCGCCCGGCCCCGCCACAUGCUGGGGCUCCCGUCCACCUUGUUCACGCCCCGCAGCAUGGAGAGCAUUGAGAUCGACCAGAAGCUGCAGGAGAUUAUGAAGCAGACGGGCUACCUGACCAUCGGGGGCCAGCGCUACCAGGCAGAGAUCAAUGACCUGGAGAACCUGGGUGAGAUGGGCAGCGGCACCUGCGGCCAGGUGUGGAAGAUGCGCUUCCGGAAGACGGGCCACGUCAUCGCCGUCAAGCAAAUGCGGCGCUCUGGGAACAAGGAGGAGAACAAGCGCAUCCUCAUGGACCUGGAUGUGGUGCUCAAGAGCCACGACUGCCCGUACAUCGUGCAGUGCUUCGGCACCUUCAUCACCAACACGGACGUCUUCAUCGCCAUGGAGCUCAUGGGCACCUGCGCCGAGAAGCUGAAGAAGCGGAUGCAGGGGCCCAUCCCUGAGCGAAUCCUGGGCAAGAUGACAGUGGCGAUUGUGAAGGCGCUGUACUACCUGAAGGAGAAGCACGGCGUCAUCCACCGCGAUGUCAAGCCCUCCAACAUCCUCCUGGACGAGCGGGGCCAGAUCAAGCUCUGCGACUUCGGCAUCAGUGGCCGCCUGGUGGACUCUAAGGCCAAGACGAGGAGUGCCGGCUGUGCGGCCUACAUGGCGCACCCUGUCCCUCCUCGGCAGCCUGAGCGCAUAGACCCCCCAGACCCCACCAAGCCCGACUAUGACAUCCGGGCCGACGUGUGGAGCCUGGGCAUCUCGUUGGUGGAGCUGGCAACAGGACAGUUUCCCUAUAAGAACUGCAAGACAGACUUCGAGGUCCUCACCAAAGUCCUCCAGGAAGAGCCCCCACUCCUGCCUGGUCACAUGGGCUUCUCAGGGGACUUCCAGUCCUUCGUAAGAGACUGCCUUACUAAAGAUCACAGGAAGAGACCAAAGUAUAAUAAGCUACUUCCCCCCUCGGGCCCACAGGAACACAGCUUCAUCAAGCGCUACGAGAUGCUGGAAGUGGACGUGGCGUCCUGGUUCAAGGACGUCAUGGCGAAGACCGAGUCACCGAGGACUAGCGGAGUGCUGAGCCAGCCCCACCUGCCCUUCUUCAGGUAGCCUUGUGGUGGCGGCCAGCCCCACCGGGCCAGGGGCUUGGCCACAGGCCCCUCUUCCUGACCUGGCCACCCAGCUGCCUGCCAGGGGAGGCCUGAGAGCUGCACGGCCGCUGAGGGCUGAGGACGGCAAUCGGGGUGCUGCCACCCCCAGAGCGCUGCCCACCAGCUGUGGACACACGGGCCUGCCAGGCCCCAGCCCUUCCUGCCCCGGGGUCAGCUGGCCGUGCGUGUUACCCGGACAGACACUGUGAAUGAGGAUAGCAGGCCGCCAGCAGACUCGCUAUUUAUUCAGUCAUAACCUCUGGGCUGGGGUGGCCUGUGCACGGGAGAGCCCCACGCGCUUUCGGUCUGUCGCCCUGUCCCUGCCCUCUGCCUCCCAGUCGUCAUCGACUCUCCCUUCUCUCUCCUGGCCCAGGCGAGGGCUCAGCCGCUCCAGUCCUUGUGGGAGCCCCGGGUCUGCCUCAGUGACGCCCAGUCCUUACCAGGGCAGUGUGGAUCUCUGGACUGCAGCCGGACCGGGGCUGCUUUCUCUUUCUCUUUGAUCUCAGGGGGUCUUUUUUGGAGUUUAUUGUAUUUUGUUGUACUUGGUGGGGUGUUUGGGGGAAGGGGAGAGGAGAGCUUGUCCUCAUGGGUUGUGUCGGUACCUUCAGAAACUUACCAAAGUCACAUUUAGCUGCUUUUGGUGGGGCUCCCCCAACUGCCUUCGGGCUCUGGUGGACAGGGGCUGAGCCGCUGCUCCCUGUCGGCCUGGCCUGGGGGAGACCCAGGAGGGCCGGGGCCCACACGGGCUCCAGGGCAGCUCCUCCCUGGGGCUGGAGACCGAGGCUCAGGCUCGGGUGAGCUGCAGUGCUCAGGUGAGAGCGAGAGCCGGGAGGGGCCUUGGCUGCACAGGAGGCCUUUGGGGAAGGUGGGCGAGGGGUGAGUAGGGAGCAGCAGGCGAGCAACGAGGUGGCGGGGAGGGGAGGGGCUUGAUGACCGGAGUGGGGCCGGGGUUGGGGAAGGGGUCUGGAGGGAGUCGCUGAGGGCUAAGGGAGCAGGUGUGGAGGUCUGAGGAUGUGGGACAGGGACAGGUGGAGGCCGGGGGCGAGCUGGCUUCCCCGCCGUGACCUGAGUACCCCUCAGCUCACCCGCAGCCAGCCAGCCCCAGCCCUCCUGAGCCCAGGCUGCCCGAGGUCCAAGCUGAGGUGCCCUGAGCCCCGGCCCGAGAGCCUGCUACAGCGGCCAGAACAGGAAGGGGUGUGUUUCCUUUUUGUUGGUGAUGCAUGCAAAUCAAGUGGACAAGAAAACAAAAUAACAAAAAAAGGAAAAAAAAAAUAUAAAACCACAAAAACCAACCAACGCCAAAGGUGAGGAACCUCGCUGGAUGUAGCUGAAGCAACAUAGGCUUAGCCGUCACUAUGGCCUCUUACCUAUCAUAUUGACUUACUAUAUUCACAAUGCUGCAUGUCUAAACGUAAUCCCGUCUCCUCUGCCUGGGAGGCCACCUUCUGCUCCCACCUCCUUUGUGAGGGGGUGGGGUGAGGGGAGCUGGCCCCUACCCUGGGCCCUCUGCUUUGAGGCCAGCUCGGAGGAGGCUGGCCACAGGGCCUCUGAGGGUCGCUGGAAGGUUGCUCACUGGUCCCUGGGCCUGAGGCUGGGCUGCCUGGUUUCGUUUUUAUUUAACUUUAUUUCCUGUGGUGAGUGUGUGUGUGUCGGCCUGACCCCACCCUUCAGUGUUAAGUGGGAGCCUGGGGCAGCCUCUCCUGCCUCCGGCCCCUCCCAAGACCUCCCCUCUGUCACCAGCCAUCCCUCUGGACCAGAGGGCCAGGUGGGCAGCGGUCUGGGUGGCCUGGCCCAGCCCACCAGUCUAUGGAGCCCCUCUCAGGCCACCAGUAUUGCCCUGUCCCUUUUUAAAAACAAAAUGCCCUCGUUUGUAACUCCUUAGAUGCUUGAGAAUAAAACCCCUCCCUUUUCU